AUGUUGUGUGGAAGAAACUUGAAAGCUGUGCCCAUCUGCCCGCUGGGAUUGUAUUACCCCCAGGCUCCCAGGAGAUCGGCACUCAGACCACACUGCGUGAACAUAGAGUUACAGUCGGACCCACCUGCGACAGAGAGUCCCUGUGUGGUGGAGCCGGAAUUGGCCGAUUACUCCAACAGUGACAGCGACUCGGAUGUCCAAGACGAACUGGUCCUCGAGAGACGACAACAAUGCAAGUCGGCAGCUGCCGUCACUCGAGAUUCUGCUCCAACACCAAGGCUUAGAGUUAGUCGAGCAAAAACAGCGGUUACUUUCUGCAGUCAUAGAUUCAAUAAAGUGGAGGACUCGAAUCUCUCGGAAGAACGCACGCGUACACCCGGUUGGGGGAUUAGCAAUAGAGACAGGAUGCGACCUACUUCCAUCUCCAUGGACAGAAGCCUUAAGAGACACAGAUGGCUUCACUCGGCACCACCUGGCUUCACUAAGAACUCGAAACGAAUGAUAUUCCUGACCGAACUGGGAGAACUACACAACAGACCAGUGACGUAUGACUGUCAGCAGUUUGAGAAUACCGAGAAAAAGUCCAUUCCAACUCAUCUGUACAGUUAUUCUACAGAUGACGUCACAGCUGCCUCCCAGAGGGCGUGGCAGAGUAAAUACCCCACGACAACGGAACACAAUUUGCGACAACAGCAGUACAGUCAUAGCUGUGAACAACAUACCUUGAGAAACAACUCUGCACCCAUUUGUGAAAUUAGGGGCAACAGGAAAACACUGCUGGAGCUGUUGGUUUUCGCGGAGAGGAACAAAACAGGAGAUGUCACGAAUCGCCGUAAACGUUUUUAUAGAAACAUCAGCAACGAAAAAAGUGUCAACGAAAACGAAGAGUCUGAGGCGUUCAUGAAGUUCAAGAUGGUGGCUUGUAUGACGUUGAAAAUGGUGGUUGUGAUGAGGGGCAUCAUUGCUAACAGCGACCACCUGACGAUCCGAUCAGCUGCCGAGCAGCAGUGGUACAUCCUCUACAGCAACAGAAACUCACACAAGCUGGCCUUCAACAAGUCCUUCUACACCAGAGAGAGGGCGAUCAACAAGAUGCCCGCGUGGGCACUGAAGAUCCUGGAGAAACGGCCAGAUGAGCGCAGAGAUCAGGAGUGUCGCCGAGUUCAGGUGUUAUUAAAAGGAAUGCGCUCGUUCGAUAAAUUCACCGAGAAGUUGCAGCUGUCACUCUGCAGAGCGUUCACGCUGGACAGGGUUACGGAGGGCCGGGUUAUCUUGCGUCAAGGACAUAUAGGACAGAACUUCUACUUGGUGUAUUCUGGCUCUGUGUUUGUUAACGUGAAUGACGUCACAUCUUCCGGAGAACGCUUCACCAAGACGGAAGCCGUGCUUUCUAGAGGAGACUCGUUUGGGGAGCUGGCACUUCUCAAGGAUAUCAAAAGAACAGCGACGAUCGCCGUCCGGGAGAGCUGCGAACUGCUGGUGGUCAACAAAACCGUCUUCUCCAAAGUCUGUCCGAAAAUAUUCGAGCGAGAGCUUGAAGAGAAAGAGGAAAUAUUAAGACGAAAUCAACUAUUUAUUCAUCGCUGGUGGACCAACACGGCUCUCCGAAAUCUUUGUCUCGAAGCAUACAUCCAAGAGUAUCCCACAAAUCAAGUGAUCGUGACGAACAGUCAAUACGAAGAUUGGAUAUAUAUCUGCGUGGAGGGCAAGUGUGACGUGAUCCGAUGUCUAGAAUUAAAACAAGCCAAACCAAGACCAGGUUCCCGACUUAGUAGUCGGCGCUCCACCGUCAUUCUAUCAGAUGAGGUCAUUGAUUUGCUGAAAACCUUUACGCCAUCUGGCGACCAGGAGAAGAUGGAAAUUGACUCGGAAGGCGAUGAUAAGAACAAGAAUAUCAAACACAGACUGCUCGGCACUCUUGCGCUGGAAUACAGCCAGUCUCAGAACCACAAGCGCAGUAAAGCGUUCAUCGAGGAGGUUGAGGAGAACGAGAAGAAGAAGGCGCUGGAAGCCGCCAGUGGCCCCGUGACCCUGGCCACCUAUAUGAAGGGCAGGCUCGCACACAACGGGGCAGACGUCGUUUUCCUGCAUAUCGGAGUUCUUAUGGAGAACGAAGUCUUUGAUUUGUCUUGCAUCGCUAGUCCACAAGAGAGAAUUGACGGCAGUCCUAUGAUGCUGGUAAGCGUGGGCGCCAAGAUGUUGAAAAUACACCGGGAGAAGUUUUACGAGUUCGCAUCGAACUCAGCUCUGGAACAUGCCAAAGGUGUUGCUAGCACCUGCGAAAAGUACCCUUCGGAUGCAUCAUUACUUCACUCCUACAGAAGCUAUUCCAUGUGGAAAGCAUACAGAAUGGACCUGGUCAAAGAGAUUAAAACGCCUGGAUUUCGUGCCAGUGCCCACUUGGUGUCCAAAUUAAAGGAUGGUGAAGGUAAACAAAGGUUACAAAGAUGGCAACAACUUGAACGUCUUAUGCCACAGCGAAGAAAAGUGUAUUCGGUAAAGCGAACAGAAAACGAGAAAACCGAUCACAAACCACACACACGAACUGUGACAUUCGGCCGUCCGAUGUUGGAGCCCGAACGAAAUGAGUGGGUACCGGAAGUGGAGCGCACAGUUCCGGAAAACAUCGUGUUGCGCCGACACAGCGAUGUUGGUCUUCCGAGGAGACCGUCUGUCGCUGAGCCGACGGUGACGCUGCCACGGAAAUGUUCAAACAUACACUACAACGACGACAUCAUUUCAGAAGAGGAUGAAGACAAAGUAGAACCAGACACUACAAGAAGGAAGUCAGUCUCGAUCAAACUGGAUUAAAUUAAUUUCGAUUUUUGGAUUUGAAAAUCAGACAUUCAGUUUGCCGGAAUGGAACUGUGAGUGUGGUGAACGGGUUUGGAUCAUGUGCUCAGUACAGGUCUUUUUUUUUUCUUCAUUAAAAAGUCGAUUCCAAAUCCGCUGGAAGCACAAGCAACAAUAGCAAAACAGCAUCCCGAGGAACCCGAUACCUUGAUAGCAGUACCUCGUCGUUGAGUGUGUCUAACUGCAUGCUUCUGUCGCAAAAAACACUUUCUGCUUCUUCUUCUUUUUUUAUCUCUUAAUUUGCGAUCGGGGCCCAGAACCUCUACACAGCUCAGGAUUCUAUUGUUGGUCAGGUUUUUAUUUUUUAAUUAAAUGUUUUUUUUUUUUUAAUCUAUAAAAUGUAUUUGUGUAUUUGUUAAAGAUACACUGAUUUGAAACUGCCUUCCACAUCGAUAUUAAACAUUAUGUACAAUAUAUAAACUUGUAAUACAAUUUAUUAUUCUAGCAGAUUAUAUACAUUUUGUUAAAAGUUAUAUAAAAUAGUUUUGCAAUUUCAAGAAAUUAGUAAAAUAAACGUAAUACAC